AUGAGAGGAAUACACCUUAUACUGAUAGCCAUGUUGCUUUGCACUUGUGUGCAUGGGCAAGAGUUUACGACGGCGACCCACUCAAAAAAUGGGCCAGAGUUUACGACGGCGACCCACUCAAAAAAUCUAGUAGUAGGGAGAAAAGGUGACAACAGCAAUGUAUCAAGGCGCGCCAAUCGAGGCCUUGCGAAAACGAGCAAUAGCGGGAAACUGGGAACGAUAAAGGGCAAAGGCGGAAAGGCUACAUCAAAACAGAAAGGCAAAAGCAAUUCGAAUGCUGAUGCGGCCGAUUUUUAUGGAUAUCAGCAGUCGCCACCUGAACCAAACCAGCAACAACAACCAUCUCCUGAUGAUUCAAGUGAAGAUGAUUCGAUGAGUGGCAAAGGGGGCUAUUCGGUAGAUUCAGAUAACAAAAUUUCGAAGAAAUCCAAGAAAAGCAAAAGCCUCGACUCUUACAAGAAAUCAUAUAAAUUGAGCAAGAAAUCUCGAUCGAGUACUUCUAGCAAAGGGCAAGCUCCAUCACCAUCAUUGUACCCAAUGGAUCCAACUACUGCAGCCCCGACGUUCUCGCCGACACAUGACGGCGCCACGGAUCCAACGUCCAGUCCAACCACCAGUGGUUCCACACAUCUAACACCUUUUGCUUUGGAAUACACUGUUUCAGAAGAUGACAGAAUACCAUUUCGCAGUGAACUGUUGGAUGUAGUUGAAUUGACCAGAGCAUAUCUUGUCGACUACUUUCAGAAUAUGUACAUGGACAACAUGAACGUCACCCUGGUGGAAUUCAUCACUGUUUUCACCGAUACACAGUCCGAUUUUGGUGAUCCAAUCUACAUUGCCUAUAGAUCUUCUGCAGUAUUCGAAAAUGCGGAUUCCGUCCUACCAUCGAUUCAAGAGGUCGACUCUCAACUGAGACAAGCAUUCCUAGGUCGUAGUCUCGACGGGUAUCUUGGAAUGCUUCAAGCACUAGCGCCGAGCAAUAUAUUUUCUACUACAACCUUCGUAACGCAGGUCGCAGUCCGGGAAGAGCGGCAAUCGUUGAGUGCAGUGGCAUCAGUCGGUAUUCGCACCAAAACUAGUGCUAAUGGUCAAAAUGCAAUGGCUGGUGUGGCAGCCGGGGUGACUGGCAUAACUUUGAUGGGCGCAGCUGGACUCUUUUAUCGGCGACAAUCGCGAACUAUUGAUCACAGACGUUCGGAAAAGUAUGAUGGUGACGCAACUUCUUUUACUACAGGAACCUGGUCGCUGGAUCAUGUAGGAUUACAACCAAUGAACGGCGGCGGACGGCAUACUCUCACAUGA